AUGCCUGUCCUUGCCACACAGUCGUUUCACAGCACUUUGGACAAGGGGGGGGGGUCCGGGUUGGAGCAGGGAAAAGCAGAUGGGCUGGGACAGUGGGGUCGUGGCCAGGGCAUUCGAGCACACCAGCCCUCCCCGGCCCAGCGUCGGUGA